ACUGUAACAUUACUGAAACACUAUUGUAACAUUACGGUAACAUUACUGAAACACUAUUAGAACAUUACUGUAACAUUACUGAAACACUAUUAGAACAUUACUGAAACACUAUUAGAACAUUACUGUAACAUUACUGUAACACUAUUAGAACAUUACUGAAACACUAUUAGAUCAUUACUGUAACAUUACUGAAACACUAUUAGAACAUUACUGAAACACUAUUAGAUCAUUACUGUAACAUUACUGAAACACUAUUGUAACAUUACUGUAACAUUACUGAAACACUACUAUAACAUUACGGUAACAUUACUGAAACACUAUUGAAGUGCUACUGAAACUGAAAUGCUCUCUGAGUGACUCAGCAUGAGACCCUGGAGUUGCUCCUGGAGCGCGUGAGCACAUCGCCGCGGGAUGUCGACCAGCACUGAGCUGCCGUUGCGCUGCCCGACCUGUGGAGAGGCGUGUGGGUUCGGAGAGCGCCUGUCCAGCAUCCACUCCUGCCAGAAGCUCUGUCUGAACACCAGACGAAGCUCUGAGGGGGGGCUGAUGUCCCUCGCCCAGCGAGAGAGAGACAUGCCUCAUCCACUGCGCCUGGAGCUCCUGGACACCCUGAGUUUGGCGACCCGAAAGAUCCUGAUCCAGAGGGACUCGCCGUCCUCAGUGCUCGCGGUCUCCGUUACCUCCAGGGAGGCAGACGCCGGUCACGCCGUGGCCCAGGUGGGGGUCCCGUGGCUGGGCAGGCUCGCGCUGGAGGCCCGGCUUCAGCAGCUGGCUCUGGAGGUGCAGGAGCGCGUGACGCUCAGACUGGAGGCGCUGCAGGACGAGGUGAAGAGGAGGAGCGUGGAGGUGAGGAGAGCCAGGAGAGAGAGCGAGCUGAUGCACAGAGAGAAGCGAGAGGCCGAGGAGAAAGCGGCCCAGCUGGAGCGACAGGUGGAUAUAUCCGUGGAGAUGCUGGCCAGACUCAGAUACGAGCUGAGAGACAGAGACGAGCAACUCCGACGCAAACAACAGGAAGUGUGUGACCUGGACAGGUUUGUACGGGACACGGCGUUCCAGGAGGCGAGUGCUAAGAUCCGUCUGCAGCGCUUCAUUGAGGAUCUGCUGGAACGAGCGGAGCGGGCCGAGACGCAGCUGCAGAACAUCCACCAUGAUGUCACUUCCUCUCACAGAUACCUGGCAGGAAGCAGAGCUGCAGGGUAUCAGAGGAGUUACAGUGUGUCGGGGACGAGCAGGAGAUCCUCUCAUCAGUCUGAUCAACACUACAGGUGUGAGCGGAGGCUUCGGACGCUGUCUGUGGGUUCGGGCGGUUGUGAGGGUCACUGGGACAGACAACAGUAUCAGCAUGCGUUGUGUGAAGGAGUCGAGGGUCCCGACUGCGGUUCUGACUCGCCCUGGCUGAUCCAACACACACACACACACACAGACGCAGAUUCAGACAACUGGUCCCUUUACACCGCAGACUCACAGGACGACACACAACAGAACACCGGAUGCAGGACCUACAGUCGCACGGGUCAGGAUCUGUCGGGGCUUCACUGGUGUGUGAGCAGACGCAGGGAAUCGAUGGUGUGUUCAGAGCGUCUGCGGCUGAAAGCUGCUCUAUUCUGUGUGUUUAUUUACCUGGACACGCGUUCCCUGCUCACCGUCGCUGAGGUGUGUAAGGACUGGCGCAGCGUCGCGCGCCAUCCUGCUGUUUGGACCAGAGUAACACUUGAGAACGCACGUGUGUCAUCAAAGUUCUUGAUGACUCUGUCUCAGUGGUGCUGUCAGACUCAGUCUCUUGUUCUUCACAACCUCAAACCUCGAUCUCGUGGCAAGAAAGAAAGCAAAGACGAGUACUUACGGAGCACGAGGGGCGGGCUGGAGGCGGGGCUGGAGGCGGUGCUUAAGUCGGCUGGGCGGAGUCUUGUUUCUCUAAGCAUCUCUCAUUGCUCCAACAUCCUGACGGACAGAUCGCUGUGGCUCGUGAGCUGUCACUGUCGAGCGCUGCAGUCUCUCACAUACAGAAGCGCGCUGGAUCCGGCGGGACAGGAGGUGAUCUGGGCUCUGGGAGCGGGAUGCCGGGAUGUCACAACACUUCGGAUCGCUCCUCUGCAGCCGUGUCUGCAGCCCAAUCGCUUUAGCAACCGAUGCUUGCAGACGAUUGGACGAUGCUGGCCGAACCUGUGUCGGGUGGGAGUGGGCGGGGCUAGCUGUGGCAUCCAGGGAUUGGCCUCUUUGGUGAGGAACUGUGUGAAUGUGUGUGUGCUGGAGCUGGAUCACAUGAACGAGCUGAACCAGGAGGGAGCGGAGGAGAUCUGCAGAGACGGCCUCCAGCAGCUUCACACACUCUCCUUCCUCUCCACGCCGGUCACCGCCAAAGCCAUACUGCACUUCACAGGUGUGUGUGUCAAUCUCAAGUGUGUUAUAGUUCAGUUGUGUAUCGCUGAUUACUUCGAGGAUGCUGAAAACGAAGAAGCCAAGAGAUUAUUUGAGGAGAUAGUCAACAACCUACAGGCGCUGAGAAAGCGGCCGGGUUUGAGUGACGUCCUGCAGAUCAAGGUGGAAAACCCCGACAAUCACGUCUGAUGCGCUUCUGAUCCACUGUGACAAUCUUAUGCACACAUGCACAAAAACACACACACAUGCACAAAAACACAUAUACACACACACACAUGCACACCCACACACACAUGCACACCCACACACACUAUCAAAUAAGGCACUUUUGAGCAUGGGGAUAUUUAGCUUUGAGACAGAUGCACAAUUAUAAAGUAUAUAACUGAACAUACUCAGGUCUGUUGAUUUUUUUAAUAAUAAAGUAGUUUUAGGAAUAUAACCCAUUUAUAUUGUGAUAGCGGUUAGUUAUAGAUGUAAUGUUGUAAAUAAAUGAUGUUUUAUGAGCACAGUUCGGGAGGAAGAUGCUGUACUACACUAUCCAUGUGAGAGGAGCUCAAACACAGAGCCGAAUUACCUCUGAUCCACGACAGCUCUUCCUGAGACACGCCAAACACACACUGCCAUACACACGCCAAACACACACUGCCAUAAACACGCCAAACACACACUGCCAUACACACGCCAAACACACACUGCCAUACACACGCCAAACACACACUGCCAUACACUUGCCAACCACUCGCCAAACACACGGCAAACACAUGCCAAACACUCGCCAACCACACACUAAACACAUGGCAAACACACUGUAAAAACUCGUCAAACACACACACCAAACAUUCGCCAAACACUCGCUAACCACACGCCAAACACGUAAAACACUCGCCAAACACACGGCAAACACCAAACACAUGCCGAACACACGGCAAACACUCACUAACCACACGAGAAACACUUGCCAAACACAAAAAACACGCCAAACACUCGCUAAUCACACGCUAAACACUCGCCAAACACUCGCUAAGCACACGCCAAACACAAGAAACACUCGCCAAACACACGGCAAACACCAAACACACGCCAAACACUCGCUAACCACACGCCAAACAUUCGCCAAACACUCGCCAAACAUUCGCCAAACACUCGCCAAACAUUCGCCAAAAACGCGCCAAACACUCGCUAACCACUCGCCAAACAUUCGCCAAACACGCGCCAAACACUCGCUAACCACACGCCAAACAUUCGCCAAACAUUCGCCAAACACGAGAAACACUCGCCAAACACACGGCAAACACCAAACACACGCCAAACACUCGCUAACCACACGACAAACAUUCGCCAAACACUCGCUAACCACACGCCAAACACGAGAUACACUCGCCAAACACACGGCAAACACCAAACACACGGCAAACACGCGCCAAACACUCGCUAACCACACGCCAAACACGAGAAACACUCGCCAAACACACGGCAAGCACCAAACACUCGCUAACCACACGCCAAACAUUCGCCAAACACUCGCUAACCACACGCCAAACACGAGAAACACUCGCCAAACACACGGCAAACACACGGCAAACACGCGCCAAACACUUGCUAACCACACGCCAAACAUUCGCCAAACACUCGCUAACCACACGCCAAACAUUCGCCAAACAUUCGCCAAACACGAGAAACACUCGCCAAACACGAGAAACACUCGCCAAACACACGGCAAACACCAAACACACGCCAAACACGCACCAAACACUCGCUAACCACACGACAAACAUUCGCCAAACACUCGCUAACCACACGCCAAACACGAGAAACACUCGCCAAACACACGGCAAACACCAAACACAUGGCAAACACGCGCCAAACACUCGCUAACCACACGACAAACACGCCAAACACGAGAAACACUCGCCAAACACUCGCUAACCACACGACAAACACGCCAAACACGAGAAACACUCGCCAAACACACGGCAAGCACCAAACACUCGCUAACCACACGCCAAACAUUCGCCAAACACUCGCUAACCACACGCCAAACACGAGAAACACUCGCCAAACACACGGCAAACACUCGCCAAACAUACGCAAAACAACAUUCAACAUUCAACAUGCACUAAAACCACUAAAUCACUUUGUUCAUGUCUCAGAUCAACACAAUCUUCAGCAAAGGUUGACAGCCAACACACACACUUUUACACCCACAAAACAAUGACAACAGGAAACUUUAUACAAUGUUUUCGUCUGUAAAACGAACACCCCUCUACUGUUUAGAAUUCACUGCAACAUACGUUACUAAAAUAAAAGACAUGAUGCAUUAUGCUUCAAUACUUUAUAUAUUGUAUGUUUUUGCAGUAAUUCCAAUGUACAAACAACACCAUCCACUGACUCAACAGGAAUCAGCUGCGCUCGGUCCAAUCGUCCAAUUGUUUUUAUACCAUUUAUUUUUUAGAUUCGAAAUAUAUUUCAUUACAAUAUUACUGUAGAAAUGUGGCAAAAUGCUGUCUUAUUUUGAGCUUAAGUUUUGAAAACAGUGUGUAAAGCAUGUGUAAAUUAGCCUUAGUUUAGCCCACAUAUACGUCUGUUGUGCUCAAUGUGAAGAGUUUUGAAAAAGUGACCAAAGUUUUGAGAAAUGUGUCCUAGCGACUGUAAAAAGCUGUAAGCCAGGAAUAUUUAGAAAGAAGAAAAACUCAAAUAUGUGAGAAAACCCCAAGAAAAGCCUUGUUUGGCCAUUCCUAAAUAUGAAUUUGUUAAUGUUGUGUUAAUUUUCAAGUAUCUGAAGCCUCAAUCUAACAAAUUGGGGGCUCGUCCGGGAUAUUUAUUAAGAGGAAAAGACCAUGCAAAGAGUGAAAAGAGUCUCAGAUAUGGAUUUAUUAUACCAGAUUUAUGACUCAGUGCUGAUCAUAAUUUAGACCAAAGCUGUGCUUUAUGAUGCAAAUGAUAAUCCUAAAAAUACCCUGAUAAUCUGAACAAGACGAUCUGACGUGUGAGCGAUUGCACUGCCACAUUAAUAACACACAGAUGUUUUUAUUCCCUGAGAAACACAUACGCUAUUUAAAUAUUCUAAAACCAUGGGUGUGUUUAUAUUUAUCCCUCUUUCAUGGCACAAAAAUGAUUAAUCAUUUCACACUUUUUUCAUCUUUUAAUUCUGAUCUUUGUCACUGGGAAACAUUCAAAAAAGAGAGAUUUCAUAUAAAUGAUGAUUUGUUUUUGAUUAGCAUUAGAUGAGCAGAAAUAAACGUUCUCAUUCUGUGACUGUGUUUGAUUAAUGAAGUGUGUGUGUUAGAGCUUAUUAAACUAGUAUUAGUAAGUGAAAGUGAGUUAGGACUAAUUAAACAAAUGUUGAGACAUCAGGUUACCUCAUUUAACUAAAACCUUUAUGGUGCAUUUUCAUGUAUAAUGUACUAUGCAGGAACAAAUGGAAAUGCAAAACAAAGAAAUAAAGAAAUAAACUUGA